AUGCCGCGGGUGCUGCUUGCUGCUGCUGCGCUGGCGGCUUUGCUGCUGCAUGAGUCACCGCAGCAGCAGCACAGCAGUAGCUGCCUGCUUGCUGCAGCAGCAGCAGCAGCAGCAGCAGCAACAGAGCAGCAUGAGCCUGUCGAGGGUGUAUACGAUGAAGGGGCCCCGCAGCAUGAGGAGACAACCCCAAGCAGUGGCUAUUUGAGUGCAGCAGCAGAACACGAAACAGCAGCAACAGCAGCAGCAGCAGCAGCAGACCCUGCAGCAGCAGCAGCAGCUGUACAUACACCGGGAGCUGCAGCAGACACAGAGCACCUGCAGCAGCAGCAGGAGCCCCCAAGCUAUUCCGACGAUGAGCAUCACCGUUACUAUGAGGACUAUCACGAGCAGCCGCAGCAGCAGCAGCAGCAGCAGCAGCAGCAGCAGCAGCAAUAUGAAGGAGAGGAACACCACCACCCAGAAGAUAUGGAGGGCCACUACUACAUGCCGGAAGGGCAGCAGGAUCACCCCUUCGAUCAGCAGCAGCAGCAGCAGCAGCAGCAGCAGCAGCAGCAGCAGAAGCAGCAGCAGUACAUAGAAGAAGAGGAUCAUGAAGACGAGCAGCACAUGUUUGACUACCCCAGCCACUAUGAGGGGAUGCAGCAGCAGCAGCAGCAGCAGCAGCACGAAGGGGUGAGGCAGCAGCAGCAGCAAGAUGACCCUGCUUAUGCUCAAGAAGAAGAAGCAGCAGCAGCACACGACGAAGACAACGUAUACGGCCAGCAGGGACCCGAGCAGCAGCAGCAGCAGCAGCAGCAGCAGCAGCAGCAGCAGCAGCACAGUGGAGACGAAGACACAGAGCACCAUCCAGAGGAGGACGAGGUUCACUCAGCCCAUGAUGAACUGCAGCACGAGCAGCAGCAGCAGCAGCAGCAGCAGCAGCAGCAGCAGCAGCAGCACGAGGAAGAAGAUGCAGAUACCCAUGGACCCCACGAAGCUGCUGCAGCUGCUGAGGAGCCUUCUUCUUCUCUGCAGCAAGAGCCGCAGCAGCAGCAGCAACAGCAGCAUGAAGCGGAGCAAGCAGCAGCAGCAGCAGCAGCAGAAGCAGCAGCAGCAGCAGCAGCAGCAGACCCACGUCAAGGGCAAUGCACAGCAGAAGAACUAGCAGCACUAACAGCAUAUUUCUCAAAUGAAGAUGCAUGCCCUGCAUUCGGGGAGACGGAGUCUGACGAGGAAGAGGAAGCAGCAGCAGCAGAAGCACCAGAAGCAGCAGCAGCAGAAGGCAGCAGCAGCGCAACAGAUGCUGCUGCUCCUCUUCUUUCUGUUCUUUGUCUCGCAGCAGCUGUUGCUUUCAUGUUGUAUUCGAAAGGACCCUACGCAGCAGCAGCAGCAGCAGCAGCAGCAGCAGCAGCAGCAGUAGCAGCAGCAGCUGCUGCAGCAGUGGCUGUAGCAGCAGCAGCAGUGGCUGUAGCAGCAGCAGUAGCAGCAGUAGCAGCAGCAGCAGUAGUAGAAGCCGUAGCAGUAACAUUAGCAGCAGCAGCAGAAGCAGCAGCACUAGCAGCAGCAGCAAGACUAGCAGCAGCAGCAGCAGCAGCAGCACUAGCAGCAGCAGCAGCAGCAGUAGGCAGAUGGUGA